AUGAAUACAGCCACGCAUUCGCAAACCAGGAGAAGGCAGAUCGCAGUGGUCUGUUAUGUGGGAGCGACUUGCCUGGUUCUGUGCGGGAUCAGCUAUCUCGCCUGUCAAACUGCAUCCCUCAACCUGCAGAGGACAGACCGAGUGCGACGAGCCUUAUCAACAGCAAACAACGGAUCCAAUUGCGUCCAGGCGCCCUCUUCCGAAUUCCCCGGAGGAUUUUUUACACAGGAGGAAAGAAAAGAGGGAGGGAUAGUCAUUCACAUCAUCAUCACUCUCUACAUGCUCAUAGCUGUAGAUAUAGUUUGUGAAGAUUACUUUAUACCUUCCUUGGAAGUCAUCAGCGAACGUCUCGGUCUCUCGCAGGAUAUUGCUGGGGCAACGUUUAUGGCAGCUGGAAGUUCUGCACCUGAGCUUGUCACGGUGUUUCUAGGAGUCUUUGUGACAAAGGGAGACAUAGGAGUCAGUACGAUUGUUGGCUCUGCUGUUUACAACUUGCUUGGGAUCUCUGCGGCCUGUGGGUUAUUAACAACCACGGUUUCCACAUUAAAAUGCUGGCCAUUAUUCAGAGACUGCGCAGCUUAUGCUAUCAGCAUUGCGGCACUUAUUGCUAUUAUUUUUGACAACAUGAUUUACUGGUACGAGUCUGCCUCUUUACUGUUGAUCUACGCGGUCUACAUUCUGGUCUUGUGUUUUGACCUUCAAAUAAGCCAGUAUGUAGUGUGGAAGCUCAGCCCAUGCUCUACCUGCUUGGUCCAAUCCAUGGAAGAACACAGUGAGCACCAGCCACUAAUCGGUUGGAAAGACAAAAAUGGCCCAUUGGUCCAUCGACGUUCUCGGUCAGACAGUGGUAUCUUUCAGGAAGACUCAGACUAUUCCCAGCUCUCUCUUAGUUUACAUGGACUCUCAGAGAUGACCGAAGAUCAACCAAGCGUUUUCUCAAUGCCUGAAGCAGACCUGAAGCGAAUACUGUGGGUAUUAUCUCUUCCUAUCACUGCGUUGCUAUUCAUAACCACGCCAGAUUGUCGGAGGCAGAAGUGGAGAAGUUGGUUCAUGCUUACGUUUUUCAUGUGUGCUGUGUGGAUUUCUGGAUUUACAUACGUGUUAGUUUGGAUGGUAACCAUAGUUGGAGAAACCUUGGGCAUUCCUGAUGCAGUGAUGGGCCUUACCCUGUUGGCAGCGGGAACCAGUAUACCAGACACCAUUGCCAGUGUACUUGUUGCCAGAGAAGGAAAGGGAGAUAUGGCCAUGUCAAAUGCUGUAGGAUCCAACGUAUUUGAUAUGCUUUGUCUGGGUUUACCCUGGUUUAUUCAGACUGUAUUUGUUGACACAACAGCCCCAGCAGAAGUGAUCAGCAGCAGCUUGACAUACACAACUACUUCUCUUCUACUUUCUAUUCUUUUCAUAUUUGUGGCUAUUCAUAUUAAUGGUUGGAAACUGGAUAAGAAAUUAGGUGCAAUAUGUCUUGUGGUUUAUUUGAUUUUUCUUACUUUCUCAAUUUUAAGUGAACUAGGAAUUCUAGAAUCUGUUGUGAACCUGAACUUUGGGAGAAAGAGAGGGCAGGUGCAGAAAGGUGGCUGA